AUGGCUGAUCCGCUCUCAAUUACAACGAGCGUGGUAGCUCUUGCCACCGCUGCUUUCCAGGCCAGCAAGAUCUUAUACACGGCCGUCAACAAUUUUCAAAGUACCAAGAGAAUUAUUCGGGAGCUAAAGGCCGAAGUUGGCGACUUGCAUCACACUUUGGAGAACCUGGAAAAGGCGGCAGCUGAAUAUGAGGAUGAUCUUGUCGCGCUGAAAUUACCCCUGCACCAUUGCGAGAUCAUUUGCCAUGAAUUCAUAAAGACGAUUAAUUCAUUUGCGGUCAGGUCCAACGACUCCCAUACCAGUGUGCGGGACUGGGCCUUGAUGCAAUGGCGCGGGGGAGACAUUGCGGAAUUCAAACUUAUGCUGGCUGGUUAUAAGUCAACAAUUAAUAUCGCCCUGGGAGGCGCAACCUUUCGCAAAGUAGCCGUCACAGCAGGCGUCCUCACUGAAUACAAAGACCUGAUCGCGAACACCCAGUCGGAUCUGCAGGAGCAUUUACAGGGGAUUGAAGGGAGGUUGGAGGUCAUUGGGAGCCAGCAAAAGCACCAGGCCAAGGAGAUACAUCCGGACAUCCAACUCAUUCGAGAAGAGAAAGACAGCACAGAACAAUGUCUUCAGAUCUGCACAGAAGUCCUUGAUUGCAUCCACAAGGCUGAGAACCGGACGGGUUCCCAGAAGGGUCCAGACCGGGUUGUUGGUGAUGGUUAUUUUACCCCUGACCGGGGGUCGUCAAUGCCUCAUCAGAGAACUAGAGCCUCGCUUAUAGACUGCAAAGAGCGGCUAUUCUCAACAUCCAGCAGUCUCAAAAACCGCCUAGUGGAACUCGAAAGACAGCUGGCCUCUGCGUCGAAAUCCGAAUCCUUUUCAGAAGAGGACUAUUGGCUGAAGGAGAUACAAAAGGAAAAAGACAGCAUUAUUGAUUGUCUAAAUGUCUGCUCAGAUGCAACGUCAUUGGCGGAGCAAGCUCGAGUCAAUCAGUAUGAGGACAUUGUGUCUGCGGAUUAUGCCCACCAGCUGGUUGUCUCUACGAUCGGAGACUUGAUUUCGGCCAAACAUGUCGUCACGGGGAACAAGUCUAUCCAGUGGCUGGGUCAGAUGUCGAAUGAAACGCUGCAGAGUCUCUCCCGGGAC